AGGUUUUCGUCCCUAAAAUAGUGCUUGCUCAAUUUUCACAUUGUCUAGUCCCCUUAACCGAAAGCGAGUUCAACACUUCCGGCAUUUCCAACCCACGAAUCACACUUCGGUAUCAUGAAAUCUUCCCCAUCUCGGCUAUAAGCAGCCCAACCAACAACUCCCUCCUAGCUUAUCUAAAUGCCUUUCUUUCUAUAAGUGCGAAUCCGACUACAUAGUCACGCGGCACAGCAGAAGAGAACUAGGUACCUACCUAUUCAUCCUUGCUAUGUCUGAAUAUAAAAUGACAAGCUUUCCAACUGCUAUGGAAUGCCAGACUUUCAAUGCGGCUCAACCAGAUGCAUCUAUUCAGUCUCAGAAUGUCUCUUAGAAGUAUUGCUUUAGGUGGGCUACUAGCUUUCGCUGGCUUGGCCGAGUCUAAGGCUGUUAAGACACACAGCGGAAUAGUCCAUGGCGGUCAGUGCAGCACAACCGACAUAGACUACUUCUACUCGAUUCCGUACGCCAAACCACCUCUAGGCGAACUACGCUUUGCACCUCCGGAGCCCUACAAUAAUUCGGGCCGCGUGAUCAACGCCACGACACCGGCACCGGCAUGCAUUCAGUUCGGGGAAUUGUUCGCCGAGACGACUGCGACGAGCGAAGAUUGCCUUUUCCUGGAUGUGUGGGCUCCGGCCUCUGCUACUCCCAAGUCAAACCUUCCCGUGAAGGUGUGGCUAUAUGGAGGAAGCAAUGCAGUUGGUGGAAUUUCAGAUCCGACAUAUAAUGGCUGCUUCUCUGCUGCGGACUCCAUUGUCGUUUCCAUCAACUACCGCGUCGGUCCUUUGGGAUACUUGGCACUGUCGGAUCUUGGCCUCACCGGAAACUAUGGCAUCAUGGAUCAACUUCUUGGCCUACGCUGGGUGCAGGACAAUAUCGCAGCGUUUGGCGGUGAUCCGAGAAAAGUCUUACUCUUUGGGCAGUCCGCCGGCGCUUUGGACGCUUCCAUUCUUGCUACGUUACCCGAAGCACCCCAAUUAAUGCGAGCCGCUGCUUUAGAAUCUGGAGCCGGGAGAGAUAUAGUAACAGUGGCCGACGCGAAAGUGUGGUAUUCAGAGUUCCUUUACGCGAUGAACUGCACGAAACAAGACUUAUCAUGUCUUCGAAGCGCUCAUGUCGAUGGACUUCGAGCUGCAGUGGCCGCGAUGCCAAGCACUAGCCUAAUCACCCUUAACACGGCCCUCGUCAAUAAUGGAACAAGGAUCGCUUGGACUCCCGUGAUCGAUGGAAAGGUAAUCAAAGAUCAACCAACAACUAUCGGGGUUAGGGUCCCUUCAAUACUAGGCUCAACUACUAGGGAGGGCUCUCUACUUGUCUUAGCCUCCUACACCACAACAUGGAAGGGAGAAGCUCCUAGCCUAUCGGACUACGAUGAUUUCCUAACCCUAAACUUUGGACCACUGGCGACACGGGUAAAUGAGACGUUUCCGUUAGCCUCUACCUUUAACGGCUCAACACUUACCGCUAUGGAGGUUAUGCUCACACAGGUAACAUACCAGUGUUCAUCAUACCGGGCUUUACAAGCUGCAGAGAAGAAAGGAAUUCCUGUAUGGAGUUACCGAUUCGCUCACGUGCCUAGUUGCGCUUGGCUUGGCCCGAUAGAGGCGGACUCGAUACCCAGCCUAGGGGCAACGCACACGAGCGAGAUCCCAUUCGUGUUCAACUUCACCAGUUCGAUGCCACCCCCUAACGGAAACUGCACCUUCUCAAAAGCAGAGCAGACAAUGUCCCAUGAGAUGAGUCGUAUGUGGACAAACAUGGCACAGAUGGGGGUACCGGAUGACACGAAUACUUGGCCUGCCUGGACAUCGGACGAAAGUAAAGGUGUAGUGUUCAGUGAUGCAAUGGAUGUCGGUGUAGUUGAUUAUUCUACUUGUGAUUUCUGGGGGGAGAUUAAUGAGGAUCUGAAUGAGUACUGGAGGUCGCAAUCAAGCCAUGUAUGAUGCCACCUCUAUGAAGUCUGGAUAAGCUAAUUCUGGUUUCUUACCCCUCGACAAGGAUUGGGGGCUCAGCAAGAAUCUAAUAUUCGUCUAAGUAAAACGUUUUGUUCAUAAAACUAAGCUCCGUACCCUAAUCUAUUCCGCUA